AUGAAGUUUUAUCUUGACAUGCAUGCAGGAGCCUUUCCUCCGGUGAGCAUCGGCGUGACCUAUUCAAGGCUUGCAAACAACCUGCCGCCUGCACAAGAAACUAUAGAUCUCUGCAGGCAAAAAGGCCUAAGAAAGAUUCGGCUUUACAAGCCACAUAAAGAUGCCCUAAAUGCCCUACAACAUUCAGCCUUGGAAGUGAUUCUGGGGGUUGGAAAUGAAGACAUUGUAAAGCUAGCCUUUACAAAAGGCUUCGCUGAAAAUUGGGUCAAUACUUACGUCAGGCCAUAUAAAGGAGCAGUAGGGUUUACAAUGAUAGCUGUUGGACAUGGCAUAAACCCUGGAGAUAGAUUGGCACAAGCUUUGGUUCCUGCCAUGCAAGCCCUAAAAGAUAUAUUGCAUACUGAUGAAGAACUGCUGACCAUCUACGUGACCACCCCAGUAAACAUAAACUGGCUGUCGGAAAUUCACCCUCCAUCUGCAGCGACCUUUGAUGCUAGAUAUAUGAUUACAAUUAAACCUAUUGUUGAAUUUCUUCAACAAGGUUCUCCUGUUAUGUUGUGUGAUUUGUAUCCUUACUAUGCUUAUAAGCAGAAUCCAGCUUACAAGGACAUUGCCUUGGAUUAUGCUCUACACAGCUCAUCUACUGUGAUGGUUCAAGAUGGAAACAUUGGAUAUACAAAUAUGCUUGAUGGGUUGAUUGACGCUUUUAUGUUUGCCAUGGAAAAAGUUGGAGUUUUAGAUGUGAAGGUUUACGUAAGUGAAACUGGAUGGCCAAUUUCUCCAGGUGUUGAUCUUGCAACCCCUCAGAAUGCUGAAACGUAUAUUUUGAAUGUGUUUAAGCGUUUGUCAGCAGCUGCCAAAUCACCAAAGAGUAGAUGGCCAAAUCAGAUUUUUAUAUAUAAUUUAUACUUACAGAAUCAAGCUAUUGGAGAAACCAGAAAUUUUGGUUUGUUUCGUCCUAAUAAGCAACAAAUCUACUGA